GCUCGUCCGAUCACGGGCAUCCCUCGCCUCUCCCAUGACGGUCAUUUAUCUCCAUGUAGGACAAUGAUAGUGCUACUCCUACGAUGCAACCCUGACAGGCUGAUUCGCAAUCUUGGCGGGGAUGAGGAGAUCGCAAAGAUAAAGAGGGGCUCUGAUAUCAUCCCUCCUCCGUCGUCCAUCCUCCAUCUACCGAUAACAAACAACAUCACCAUCAUGGCCACCCUAAUUCAAAUCCCAACUCCCAAUUUCACCCUCGAAUCCUUCAUUCUUCCCUCCACAAACCAACGCAUCCUCGGUCCCCCACAUCCCCCCAACACCGCAAUCCCACUAUCUCUCCGCCCAACCCACUCCGCAAACCCAAACUCCCUCACCCUCGACACAAUCAUCCACGACAUCCAAACCCUCCAACGCGACAACCAAUUCUUCACAAAAUACCUCUCCCGCCACGGCACGCUCCUCUUCCGCGGUCUCCCCAUCCACAACGCCUCCGACUUCAGCAAUUUCGCACACGCCUUCGGCUACCGCCCACACGAGAUCAUCGGCAUCGUGGUCGACCGCCCCGUCCUCGCGCCCAACGUCGCCCCCGCCAACGAAUCCCCUAAGGAAAUUCUCAUCUACAAUCACAAUGAAUCGCCCCAGGUGCCGCACGCGCCUGAAUAUAUCUUCUUCUAUGGCCACCGUGCCCUAGGCGCCGGCAGGGGCGGGGAAACGCCUAUUUCCUCGUCGUUGGAACUCUUUCAGCGCGUGCAACAAGAUCUCCCAUCCUUUGUUACGGACCUGGCUGAAAAGGGCAUUCUGAGUACCGUGACAUACACGGUCGAUGCUCCGUAUAAAGGCGGCGCGACGCUGAGGCAGGCAUUUGGGAAACAUAUCCUCGACAGCGAUGAUGAGGAGACUCGGCGGGGGAAGAUCGAAGCGCAGAUCGCGCGGUACGGACGCGGGGAACAUACCACGUUUGAAUGGAGAGACCAGAACACUCUAGUCCUGACGCAUCGAUUACCAGCUAUCCGCACGCAGGUGGGGACGAACUUGCCGUCGCUGUUCACGGGCCUGGCGGCGUAUCAUCGCAAUGCGAAGGUCAAUGGACGAGGCAAUGCGGCGCAGCAGAGAUAUGGUGACGGGACGGCCAUUCCGGAGGAGUAUCUGGAGCGGUUGGCGGAGAUCACGGAUGAGAUCCGUGUGUUGCAUACGUGGGAGGAGGGCGAUGUGUUGGUCUUUGAUAAUGUGAUUGCGCAGCAUGGGAGGGAGCCGUGGAGGGGGGAGCAGGAGGAUCGAGUGGUUAUGGCGAGUUUGUUUGAUGGGGAGGUGCCGGGGGCGUAUGGGUUUGGGGAAUGGGCAAAGAUGGUUCAGGCUUUGGAUGAUACUGACGCUGAUAUAUGAGAGAAUGACCUGGGAAAGUGUCCUGGGGGGAGGGAGGUCUUAUCGGCACAUUUAUAUAUUCGGGAUGAACAAGGCUGUUGUGCGGGAUUCUGAUGUUGAAAUGCAUAUGGGCAACCAAUUAAUAGUAC